UUAUGGGAACUUUCCACAGGGGAUCCUCAAGAGAUUUUAAUUCCGAAAAAGAAAACAUGGGAUAAACUGGCAGUACUACAGGCACUUUCCUCCACAGUUAACAGGGACCCCACAGCAGCACAUUAUGCAUUUCAAGAUGACCCCUAUCUUACCCCCCGGACAUCAUCAGACUUUAAGCUAUAUUCCCUGUCCCAGGAGUCUGGAAGAAAUGCAGCCAAAUAUAUUAUCAAUACGUUUCCAAGGUUUUUCAAGAAAGACUUUGCUGAACCACAUAUUCCAUGUCUGAUGCCCGAGACGUUUGAGCCUCAGAUCACAGAGGUGAGUGAAGCUGCCCUCCAGGAGCGCAUCAGCUUGCGGAAGGUGAAGGCGGCGGUGCAGGUCUACGACCAGCUCCUGCAGGCAGGAACUGCAGUCUCUCUCGAAGCCACAAAUGACCUUCUGGAUCUUAUCUGUUUUUAUGGAGACCGGGACCCUGUUCGAGAAGACAUGCCUGAGCAAAGGGAAUCUGAAGAAGUGGAAGAAAUCCAAGAAGUUAUGCCAAGUAAUAAAGGAAGACUGCGCAGAGCUUCAGAUUUGCUUGGCAUUGUUUGGAGAGAAAACAACAAUGCUGAAAGAAUAUUUAACUUGAUGCCAGAGCGAAAUGAACGAUCUUACUGUGCGUUGAUCAGAGGAAUGGUAAAGUGUGGUGCUUAUACAAAGGCAUUCAGCACGUAUACUGAUUUGCUGAACAACCGCCUGACUGCUAAGAUCAAAACAAUGACUGAAAAGGCAAGGAUGUUACUUUUUUUUUGUCUUUGUACAAAGGAUUUAACUUCUAUUCUGAACUGUCUCCUGCAGGACCUUUUAAACCAGAUGGGUGAGCAGAAGGUGCAGCCCAACCUGCUGACUUUCAAUGCUGUGCUGAAGAGCCUGCGCAAGUGUGGGCCCCUGGCCAGAGUCCAGGCCUUUCACACCCUCGGCGAGAUGAAGGCCCUGGGCAUUGAGCCCAGUUUGGCUACAUUUCACCAUCUCCUUGGUUUUUUCUACAAAACUGCCUCUUCUGGCAGAGGCCCUACUGAAAUCCUCCAUGAAGUGAUGGAUGAAGUUGAAGGAAAGAGCUUCGUUGCUCAGGAUCCUGAUGAUGUGUAUUUCUUUUCUGGUGCCAUGAAAAUUUGUUUGGAUCUUAAAGACAUCGAGCUAGCCUACAGACUGCACAGAUUCCUUGGGGAGGGAGACAACUGGCAAUUGUUGGGUGACUCUUACCUGCGAAGUGUUUAUUAUGGAAGAUUCUUCAACUUGCUGUGUAUGAUGGAGAACAUCGAUGAGAUUUUGAAGUGGUACAGAGACCUGAUACCUUCUUUGUACUAUCCCAAUUCUCAAGGCUUAAAGGAUUUGCUCCAAGCACUGGACACUGAUAAUAGACUGGACCUCAUCCCAAUGAUAUGGAAAGAUAUUAAGCGAAUGGGUCAUGCAAACAAGGCUGAUCUGGUAGAGGAGGUAUUGGCAUUGAUGGCUCGAGACGAGCACAGCUCAGAGGUCCAGCAGGCUUUCGCAGAGUUAUUUUUCUUUUCCUUUUGUUUCUCAAAAAGGGGAAUGCUCCAGUUGUUCAAGUCAAGCAACAGAGUGCCAGACGUGGCGCUGUUUGCCGAGUUUGUGAAUUUUGCAAAAGCAAACAACAACAGCAACCAAGCUGUGGAGCUGGUCAGGCUGUCGGCUGGAUUCAGCUUGCCCAUCACUGCAGGUCUCGCCAGCAGAGUGAAGGAAGAGUUCGAGCUGACUGACCAACAGAAGAGUUCCUUGGGUGAACUGGAGGCCUUGACGAGUGACAGCAGUGAUAGUGAUGAAGAAUGAACAGUCUAUUCGAGCUGAAAGGAUCCCCUUUAAGUCAGUCAGUAAGAACUGCACUUGUAUCACAUGACUAAAAACCUUGUGAUGACUUUCUACAGCAAACUUACCAACAACUGCUAUACUGUACAGGCUCUCUCUACUAAAGUACAUCAAGAUCUUUGUUCUAAUAAAGCUUGGAUCACACCCAAGUGUUUUGAUUUGUCCUGGAUCAUGAUGAUGUAAUAUAAUAAAGGUGAGUGUCUUGUC